AUGACCAGCAGAGGCAAACUUCAAAAAUAUUCCCGAUUAAAUAAAACUGAGAGGGCACCCAGUGUGAAGAGAAGGCGGAUUACUUUCUCCAGGCUGGAUGGACAAUGUGACCUUGGUGGAGGAUUUAGCAUCAAAAAGGACAGAACAGGUCCCUUCUCCAUCCUGUCGAUCCCUCCUGAGUUACUUGAUCAGAUCAUAUCUGACCUGUCGGUGAAGGAUCUGGUGAUGCUGGGACAGACCUGCCGCUACUUUCACGAGUUCUGCAACAAUGCAGCCGUUUGGAAACGCAUCAGCCGGAAGUUAUCACCGAGGCUAAACAGCGAGGAGACAACAGAGGACAGCUUCUGGAAACGAGCCUCCAUCCUGAACUAUACCAAAGGCCUGUUUUUCCAGACAUUUGGAGGUCGUAGGAAGACGGUGAGCCGGACUGUUGCCCCUCACCUGUCACACGGAUACCGCAAGUUCAUCCCGACAAAGGACAAUGUCUUCAUCCUGGAUUACAGCGGAACCCUGUUCUUCCUGAAGAAUGCCCUGGUCUCCUCCACACUCGGACAGAUCCAGUGGAAGAGGGCGUGUCGCUAUGUUGUUCUGUGUCGAAAUGUAAAGGAUUUUGCAACUGACCCGAGGAAUGAUACAAUAUACCGGAAAUAUUUAUACGUGUUGGGUACGAGAGACAUUCCUCCCUUGGUGACCCAAGACCCUGGUAAUUGCACCCACACUUGUGACUGUGUGGAGGUAUAUCUACAGUCCAGUGGCCAGCGGGUGUUCAAGAUGACCUUUCACUCCUCCAUGCGAUUUAAGAAGAUCAAGUUGGUGGGUCAGGAGACUGAACGCUCUCUGCUGUUGUUGACGGACGAUGGCAAGAUUUACAGUUUAACAAUCAAUGAGACCCAACUGGACCAGCCGAGAUCCUACACUGUCCAACUGUCCACACGAAAAAUCACCAAAUGUCUCCCUCAUAUCACCAUCUCAGAGGUGCACUCCAACCAGAGCAGUGCCCUCUACAUCACAGAUUCUGGAGCUGUUUAUUUGGAAGUCCACACUGCUGGUGUUUAUCGAGACCUCUUCGGGACUCUGCAUGCCUUCGACCCCUUUGACCAACAGAUCCCACUGGCCCUGGCUCUUUGUUCCAAGGUCAUCAGCUGCUCCUUGGGAUACAACCAUCUGGGAUUGGUGGAUGAAUUUGGCCGGAUUUUCAUGCAAGGAAACAACCGUUAUGGACAACUCGGAACAGGAGACAAGAUCGAUCGAGGAGAACCCACUCUGGUGCCGUAUCUGAAGAGGCCGGUGGAUAUCUGGUGUGGGCUGAAUCAUUCCCUGGCCCUGUCCCAAGUCAGCGAUUUCAGUAAAGAGGUUCAUGGCUGUGGCUGUGGAGCUGGAGGGCGACUACCAGGCUUCCCGAAAGGCAGCGCGUUCUUCGUCAAACUGUACGUUCAGGUCCCUCACUGUACCAAGCUGCUGUGCUCCACCCGCGAGUGCCUCUAUAUGCUCUCCUGCUUCGACAUCAGCAACGUGUUAGUGUUCCGGGAACUCCCCUCCACCAAGGUGCGGAGCCAGGGUGCCGACUCGGAGAUGGAGGGGACCCGCCUGUGCGCCCACUACCUCAGCCAGCUGGAGAACUGCAGCAGCCUGGGGGAGCAGAUGGAGAAGAUGAAGGAGAUUAUUAACCAGAUGGGGCUUUGCAGCUACCAGAAAGACUUCCUGCAAGAAGCCAUCAGCACCCUCCAACGCUCGACCGGGGGCUCGGUGGCUGUCGCGGCCCGAGACUGUGCACUGUGACCACGCUCCCACCCCGAACCCUCACC